UCACUCUCACCGUGGGCGAAGUAACGUUGAUCCUGUUCUCGAUCUCCGCAAGAGCUUUCUCACUUCUCUCUCUCUCUCUCUCUCUCUCUCUCUCCGGUUAAUUAGGGUUCGAAUUUUUGAAAUGUUGAAGAAGUAAUGGAGUCGGUGUUCAAAGUGAAAACCCAGGAAGAGGAGGAGUUCACAAUACACAUCUCAUCUCCUUCUUCGCCUUCACCUCCUUCAUCUCCUGCUUCUCCUUCUUCUGUGGAUCCUGCUGUUACUGUUGACACUGUUGAUGCUGUUGUCCCUGCUUCUGUUUAUUCUACUGAGGAUGUGACUGCUCCCGUAGAAAUUCUAGAAGGAGAGUUUCAAACUAUUGAUCUAGAAGAUAACAACAAAGAUAAUGGCGAGGAAGUUGCCGCUGUCAUUCCUGAUCUUGGUUAUUCUUCUGAGGAUGCGCUUGCUAUCGUGGAAAUUCUAGAAGAAGAGUUUCAAAAUGUUGAUUUACGAGACGAUAACAAAGAUAACGGCGACGAAUAUGAUGAGCUUGAGGAGUUUAUGGUCGGUAGGGAUUCUCUGGUUAGGGAUACAAAACCUACAAAAAUUCUCUAUCCCCAGAGACCAGAUGCCCCCGAUUGCUCCUAUUACCUUCGGACCGGAAGUUGUCGAUAUGGAGCGAAUUGCAGGUACAAUCAUCCUGCUAGGACGGAAAACCAGGGACGAAGAUCGGCUUCGCCGGAAUCUAGGCAGGGUUUUAAGGAGAAGGAAGACCUUUCCGAGAUAAUGGGGCAGCAAGAGUGCAAGUAUUACUUGCGGUCUGGAGGGUGUAAGUUCGGAAAAGCUUGUAGAUACAAUCAUUCACGGGAAAAACCUGUCGUACCACUACCACCACCUGCACCUCCACAUGAUUUUAACUUUCUUGGCUUGCCAAUUAGACUGGGGGAAAGAGAGUGCCCGUACUAUAUGCGUACUGGUUCCUGCAAGUAUGGAUCCAACUGCAGGUUUCAUCAUCCUGAUCCUACUGCUGUUGGAGGAGGCGAUAUUCCUUCUGGUUCUGUCUCAUUACAUCCGUCAGGUGGAUCACAACCGGUUUCAGCAUCUUGGUCUUCUCCACCGAAUGAGACUGUUCCUUACCUAGAUCCUGCCAAUUCUUAUGUACCAAUGAUGCUUCCGCCUCAAGGGGUGCAUCCAAAUCCUAAGUGGAAUGGUUAUCAGGCUCCAGCAUACUCUCCAGAAAGAAGCGUACACCCACCUCUGGCUUUAGUUCCGAACAAUCCGACAAACAGAACAGACAUCUCUAGGCAUAAUCAACAACACAUGUUGGAUGAAUUCCCGGAGAGACCUGGCCAACCGGAGUGUAGUUACUUCAUGAAAACUGGGGACUGUAAAUAUAGGUCGGCGUGUAAGUAUAACCAUCCAAAGAACCGGGUCCCAAAAUUGUCAGCAUGCACACUCAGUCCCAUGGGCCUGCCUUUAAGACCUGAUCAGAGCAUAUGUACGCACUAUCAUCGAUAUGGCAUAUGCAAGUUUGGUGCUGCCUGUAAAUUUGACCAUCCAGUAAAUUAUGCUUUUUAAGCUACUUCAGGUGCUUCUGCGCUAGGUCUAGCUCCCUAUCUCUUAGCAACCUUGCAACCCUGCAACCCUGGAAGGGAUUAGAGUGGCAGGAUGUGGAAAUUAGAGGCUCUGAUCCAGCAAUCUGGUAAUAAAUUUAAUAGUCUUUUUUUUCGUGAAAGGUAAUAAAUUUAUUUGUCAUGUAAACUGUAAGGAACCAAAGGAAAGACAAAAGGAUUGAGAGUUGUAGAAUUGUCUUUACUUUAAUUAUUUGUUUAUUGUUGCUGGACA